AUUCGCCGCUACAUAACCUUCCUGCAGGAAUAUUCCAUCCCGCUCAUCCUGGGCGUGAUUGUCGCCCUGGUCUGGGCCAACAUCGACUUUGACAGCUACCACCACCUGGUGGAGUUUGAUUUCUGGAAUAUCGGCAAGGGUCCGUUCCUGUCAAACGAAGUCUUCAUGGUCUUCUUCUUCGGCAUCGCGGCCAAGGAGAUUACCGAGUCCAUCCUCCCCGGCGGCGCCCUGAACCCCAUCCCCAAGGCCAUCAACCCGCUGAUGGGCACCCUCGGCGGCGUGUUCGGUCCCGUGGGUCUGUUCCUCCUGAUGGCCGUCCUGUUCUACGGCGGCACCGACGAGUUAGGCUGGGCCAUCCCGACGGCCACCGACAUCGCCCUGGCCUGGCUGGUGGCGCGGGUGAUCUUCGGCGCCCGGCACGCGGCGGUGAACUUCCUGCUGCUGCUGGCGGUGGCCGACGACGCCAUCGGGCUGGUGAUCAUCGCCGUGUUCUACUCGGACAACGUGCAGCCCCUGUGGCUGCUGAUGACGCUGGGCGGUAUGGUCGCGGCCUACGCCUUCCGGCGUAUCGGCAUCACCUGGUGGCCGGUGUACAUUUUUAUUGCUGGCGGCAUGAGCUGGGUUGGCCUCGUCCUCGCGGGAGUCGAACCGGCCUUGGCCCUCGUUGUGAUCGUGCCGUUCCUCCCCGCUCUCCACGCACCGGCUCAGGAGGAAGAUCCUGCGAUCGAGGAGCACGCCGAGCACGGGGAGGAGGAGCUGGCGACGGCCCACGAACACGCUGCCUCCAGCCACGGGCACGCUAUGGGCACGCUGGAGAAGUUCGAGCACCACCUCAAGCUGCCGGUGGACUUCGGGCUGUUCUUUUUCGCCUGGGCCAACGCCGGUGUCGCCUUCGGCAACAUCAACUCGGUCACUUUCAUGAUUCUGAUUUCGCUGAUAGUAGGCAAGACGGUCGGCGUGUCAUUGUUCUCGUUCGUAGUGUCUAGGCUGGGCUUCCCGCUUCCCGAGGGCAUGAGCCUUCGGCACCUGAUGGUGGCGGGCUUGAUCGCGGGGCUGGGGCUGACGGUGGCUCUGUUCGUGGCCAACAAGGCGUACUACGGCACCGACUUCCUGGACCCCGGCAAGAUGGGAGCGGUGUUCAGCGUGGUGGUGGCCGCGCUGGCCUUCGCCCUCGCUCGCGUGCUCGGCAUUCGCCGCGAGCAGGACUAG